UCUCGAUGACAGCAUGAUUCUAGGGCCAAAAGAGGAAGUGAUCAAUUGUUACAACAAUUUGAAAGUUCAACUAUCUAAAAUUGGAUUAGAAUUGAGAGAGGAUAAAUGUGAAGCUUUCUCACCAAUCGGUAUCCAUGACUGGCCUCUGAACAUUCCUGUACAAAAGAACGGCUUUGUUGUCUUAGGAACUCCUAUUGGAUCCCUGUCUUUUGUUAAAGAUCGGUGCAUGAAGCAAGUCAACACUGCCAAAACCUUCCUAUCAAAACUUCCUUAUAUUGACGAUACACAAUCCGCAAUGCUAAUCCUUCGUUACUGUGGAAUUCCAAAGAUUUCACACUUACUUCGAUGUGUUCCUCCAACGGUUACUGCUGAGGCUACGAGAGAGUUUGACGUAGCAAUCAUAAAUACUUUUGAGGCCAUCAUCGGCUGUAAGCUAUCUGAGCAACAAAGGGUACAACUCUCCUUUCGAUUCAGUCAAGGUGGAUUCGGUUUAUCUCAAAUGAGUGUUACUGCUCCAUGUGCUUUCUUGGGAGCUUGGGCGAGCACUCUACACCAGCUUCCUUUGAGAGUGCCCUCUUUAGCCUCUUUCUGUGAUACAGUCAUUACUCCAGCUAGGAUUUGUGAUGAUAGGGCUCCUUCAGUCUAUUCAAUCGCCGACCACCUGAUCGAUUCACUUCAGGAAAUAAAACUUUUUCACACUGAUAGACAAUCUUUGAUCUCUUCAUUGGCAGACUUGCCUAAUCAACCCUUCAAACUACAAUCCAGAUUGUACUCUCGCCACCUUGACACUCAAUUUCAGACCUUCCUGAAAGGCUGUUCAUCUGAAUAUGAUAAGGCAAGAGUCAUUAGCUGCGGUGGGCCUAUUGCUGGGAGCUGGCUGGACGUUAUACCAAAUACGCAGGAAUUCACUAUGAGUAACAUGGAUUUCCGUGUUGCUUCUUUGUUGCGACUUGGUGCUCCUCUGCCAGAAUUGCAAGCGUUAGACAACUGCAUUCCUCAAUGUAAACAACCUCUUGACAGUAGUGGCUACCACAUACUAACGUGUAAAUGGGGAGGGGGAAUCAUUCGACGCCAUGAUCACAUUGCAGAUUGUUUAUACAAAAUGCUUACCUCUGUUGGAUAUCGAUGCAGAAAGGAGUUGCCAGAUCAAUUCGAUGGAAAACAAAGACCAGAUGUUGCUGUCUAUGACUAUAAAGAUGGAAAAAAACUUCUACUUGACGUUACCAUUGCUCAUCCUGCAGCUAGGAAGUACAUCUCUAAAAGUCAUUCAGUAGCAGGCUUUGCUGCUACAGAGAGAGAAAAGCAAAAGAACACAAAGUAUCUUUCUAAAUCUAGAGAGUUGGGGUAUCUUUUCAAACCGUUUGCAAUGGAAGUAUUUGGCCGAUGGAGUGAUUCAGCCCAAAAUUUUUUAUCGGAAACAUCAAAGUUCGCAGCUUCAUCUUUACAAAUAUCCAGCGCUGAGUUCCUCCACAUGUGGCGCCGACGCUUUGCCACGUGUCUUCAAAAAGAAAACGUUUCCAUCAUGUCAGAAAAGAUGAAAUCGCUUGUCCCAAAGACCACUGUGGAUGCCAACUUUCGUCAGAAGCAGCCUGUCAGAUGCUUUGGACUUGACUUUAGUUAAUUAAAGUAAUUACCAUAGUGCAUGCUUAGUUAGAAUCUUAUGUAGUUCGUAAUCUAUGUAGAGUUCUUCUUUAGUCAUAGUUUCGUUUUAGUUCAGUUGAACUGUUUUCAGCUCCUCCUAUAGCUUGUUGAAAUUGUCUGCUGUAUUUUGUUGAUGUUGAAUUAUCUAAAUAGAGAGAGGGAGAGAGAGGGAGAGAGAGGGAGAGAGAGAGCGAGCGAGCGAGCGAGCGAGCAAAGAUUGUCACCAAUUAGGCAAACUAUAGG